AUGGAGUCCUCACGCGGUCCACCACGAGUCAAAAACAAAGCCGCCGCGCCGGUGCAGAUCUCGGCCGAGCAGCUGCUUCGAGAAGCCGUCGACCGCCAGGAGACGGCCAUCCAGAAACCGACGCAACGCUUCGAAGAUCUCGAGGAGCUCAAGGAGUACCAAGGCCGCAAGCGCCGCGAGUUUGAGGACUACAUCCGCCGCAACCGUGUCCGCCUCGCCAACUGGUUCCAGUACGCACAGUGGGAGCUCGAGCAGAAGGAGUUUGCCCGCGCCCGCUCCGUUUUUGAGCGAGCCCUUGACGUACACCCUAACAAUACUCAACUCUGGAUCCGCUACGUCGAGGCCGAGAUCAAGAACCGCAACAUCAACCAUGCGCGCAACCUGCUCGACCGUGCCGUCGCGCGGCUGCCGCGCGUGCCGAAACUAUGGUACAAGUACCUCUGGGUCAUGGAGAUGCUGGGCGACAUCCCCGGCACGCGGCAAGUGUUCGACCGGUGGAUGAAGUGGGAGCCCGAUGAGGACGCCUGGAACGCCUACAUCAAGCUGGAGAAGCGGUACGGCGAGUUCGAACGAGCAAGGCAGAUCUUUCACCUCUUCACGGCGGUGCAUCCCGAGCCUAGGACGUGGUUGAAGUGGGCCAAGUUUGAGGAGGAGUACGGGACCAGUGACAUGGUCCGCGAGGUGUUCCAGACGGCGAUUCAAACUAUUGCCGAAACAUUGGGUGACGACGAGGUGGACGAGCGGCUGUUUAUUGCAUUCGCUAGGUUCGAGGCACGGCAGAAGGAGUACGAGCGUGCGCGCGCCAUCUACAAGUUCGGCCUCGACAACCUUCCCCGGUCCCGGUCGAUGACGCUUCACACGCAGUACACCACCUUCGAGAAGCAGUUUGGCGAUAGGGAAGGGGUGGAGGAUGUGGUGCUGACCAAGAGAAGGAGGUUGUACGAGGAACAGGUGAAGGAGAACCCCAAGAACUACGACGUAUGGUUCGACUUCGCCCGGCUGGAAGAGAGCGGCGGUGACGCCGACCGCGUGCGGGAAGUCUACGAGCGGGCAAUUGCGCAGGUGCCCCCUACCCAGGAGAAGCGGCACUGGCGGAGAUACAUCUUCCUGUUCCUCUUCUACGCAAUAUGGGAGGAGCGGGAAGCCAAGAACGUCGAGCGCGCGCGGCAGAUCUACGACACGUGCCUGGGGCUAAUCCCACACAAGAAGUUUACCUUUGCCAAGCUGUGGGUCGCCAAGGCGCAUUUUGAGGUUCGCCAACGUCAGUUGACGCCCGCCCGCAAAGUCAUGGGCCGGGCCGUCGGCAUGUGCCCCAAGGACAAGUUGUUCAAGGAGUACAUAUCGCUGGAGCAGAGGCUAUACGAGUUUGAGCGGUGCCGGACGCUGUACGAGAAGCAUGCGCUUUACAACCCAUCCAACUGCCAGACCUGGAUCAAAUGGGCCGAGCUAGAGCGCGGCCUGGAUGACCUCGACCGCACCCGCGCCAUCUUCGAGCUCGCCAUCAGCCAGCCGGUCCUGGACAUGCCCGAGGUCGUAUGGAAGGCGUACAUCGAUUUCGAGGAAGAAGAGGGCGAGUACGAGCGGACGCGCGAGCUGUACGAGCGCUUGCUCGAGAAGGCCGACCACCCCAAGGUUUGGAUUAGCUACGCCCAGUUCGAGAUCAACAUCCCCGACGCGGACGAGGGCGGCGAAGCAGAGGAACAGGAAGGAGAAGAAGACGAAGACAAACCGGUCAGCGACGAAGCGAAGGCCCGCGCGCGCAAGGUCUUCGAGCGCGCCCACCAGAGCAUGAAAGACCGCGAGCUCAAGGCCGAGCGGGUGUCGCUGCUCGCAGCCUGGCAGGAAUUCGAAAAUGUGCAUGGGUCGCCCGAGGACAUCGAGAAGAUCCAGAAGCAGAUGCCGCGGCGCACCAAGAAGAAGCGCAAGCUCGACGAUGACACCUGGGAGGAGUAUGUCGACUACAUCUUCCCCGCCGACGACCAGCAGACCAAGAAUUUGUCCAAUUUGCUGGCUAUGGCCAACGCGUGGAAGCAGACGGGUGGGUCGAUAUCUGGUGGUGGGGGGGAGUAA